AUGGACAACUGGCAUCUUAGUCCUCACACACAAAAGGCGAUAGGACAGCCACCUGGUGUCGUCAAUGCACUGGUCGUCAUCGUCGCCCGUCGGGUUGAACCGAAGCCGUACCGCUCAACGGCCAUCGUUGGAUUUGACAUGAUAUGCGAUAGUGCUGCUGGCUCGAGAGCGAAAGCGAUCGCUCGCUCGUAUCAUGAACAGGACCGACUUGAUCGAGUUGACGAUACCGGAAAGUCGUGUCUCGGUAGAAGACGUUCCAUCGCCAUUUGA